UGAAGGACACAGUUCGCUUUGGAUUUACACAUAGCGAGUUCCUCCAGAACACAAGCUGAGGACGAUUUGGAUAUGAUUCUAUUUCGCUGACAUUCUCAUAUUCACACAGCGACAUUUUUGCUGAUUUGAGCCGUUUUUGCACCUGGAGGACGGAGGAAUUGUGCCAUAUUGGAGCUUUCCGGUGCGCGUCAGCGAGCGACAUAAAAGACUACCCACACGCAAGGUUCAGCCGUUUCCUGAAUGCCCAUCCUCACGUGGCAUAAAUGAGAUAUUAACAGCUGGUGAAUUUAUAACCUGUUCUCACAGAUCCUAAUAAAUCCAGAAACGUGUUUUGUGGAGUCGGUGGCCCUGAGGCGCGCACAAAUCCCUCUGAUGUGGAUCUGUCACACUUUGUCAGUCUUUUAAAUGGCUAAAGCCGGAAAUCUUCUUCCGACUGGACUCUAUUUGAGGAGUUAAAACUUUUACUGUUUGUGUCUCGAACGACGCUUCCCACUUCGACACCAAUUAUGACCGAAAACAAUGAGAUGGAGUGCGACUCGGAGCUCCAGCGCUCUCCAAGCAAUAUGCCCAUCCAACCAAUGACUUCCAAGCUCCAGAGACUAAAACGCUCAUUGUCCUUCAAGACCAUGAUGCGCAGUAAGAGCGUGGAGAACUUCUUCCAAAGGUCCUACAGCGAUGCCCGCCUGCCCCAGGAUUUCAUCACUGACCCGCCGCCUCCGUCCCCCCCUCUGAUGCCUGGCUCCCCACUUGUUGGUGACCGGUCACCAUCAAUUUCACCAUCUCGCAGUCCCAACCCCUCCAUCUCCUCCCACUCGCCCUCACUCAGCCUUUCUCCAUCACUCCCCGUCAAGCCUCCCCGACCCCAGAUUACCCACUGUUUCCAGGACCACAUCUUUCGAAAGCCCACCAACUGCCAGCAUUGCAAGCACAUGAUAGUAGGAAACUCCAAACAAGCUCUACGGUGUAAAACGUGCAAGAUGGCUGCUCACCUGUGGUGCACCUCAGAACUAUCGCAGCAGCCGUGUCACGGGAAGUCGGGAGCAUUCAAGCGAAACUUCAGCUCGCCGAUGCUCGUCAAUGACCAGUUGGCUGUCGUCAAGGAAGUUCAGCCAAGCCAAGAGGCGCCGCGGAUGCGAGUAGACCCUGUGUAUGCCGCCUUGCGCUACGGGACGUCCUUGGCACAGAUGAGUCGCUCCAGUUUUGGCAGUUUGUCAGAAUCACCAACGCGCAGCUUGGGGGAGGGAGGAGAGGAGAGGCAACAGAGACAGUCCAGCAUGGAGGAAGAAUUAACUCAGGAGACAGGGGAUGAUCCUAUCCCCGAGCCAGAGAUCGAAAAGGAGGUAGACGAGAGCAGCGAACAAACUCAGACUGCAGAGGAGAAGGUGCCCAAGCGCAUUGAAGUCCACUCUAUCCACACCUAUGUAGCGCUCUACAAGUUUCUGCCUCAGGAACCAAAUGACCUGGAACUACAACCUGGUGAUCGGGUGCAGGUCACUGACGACUCUAAUGAGGAGUGGUGGAAGGGUAAAUGUGGGGACAAAGUUGGUUUUUUCCCUGCCAACUUUGUGCAAAGGGUCCGACCCGGAGAGAGAGUGUGGCGGGUUAUUCAGGGUAAUCCCGGCCGAGAGAGAGGACACAUGGCUGUGAGGGAAUCCCAGAUUUGUGUGGGGAAACGAGAAGAGGGUGAGGUGUUUCUAAAGCUGAGCAGUGGAAAGAAGAAAGGGCUGGUCCCAGCUGAUUCCAUAGAGGAGAUUUGAACCUUUGUGCACAGACCACCAUCUUUCCACAUCUACUUUCCCCAGGGAUGCACCCAUUUUAAAACUACCCCCCUUCUGCCUCAUUCCCCUGGCUAAACAACUGCUCCAGCCUCUCCAACUGGUCAGCCAAACACAGAAAAACUAAAAACAUAAUACACACUUCUGCAAGGAUCUGGAACCACAGCCCCUCAUAAACACAUGGUUUCCAGCUCAGCUGGUUGAUUGUAAGCCUUUAAUGGAGGGGGCAGUUAUGCAAUUGCCCUGCUCUAGUUCUCUUGUAGGUUUAUCUUUUCAAAGCCAAUAAAUUGAUGUUUAGUGGACAAGGGUGGUCAAAAAUGCUUUAAAAUGUCUGCUGGAUGCCAGCUCAGAUUUCGUUUUUCCUCAUCAAAAAGACGUCUACCAGCGUGGGAGGAGGCUGAAUCCUGUCAUGGGAACAUGAUGCUUCUAUCAGUGUCCUUUUCUUGUUUCUACCCACUCCGUGUGUCUCAUUCCUAUCUGCUAAUUUCAGGGUCUCUGCCCUGGGGACUGAUAUCAGCUUCGUGUAGACUGCUACAACAAUAGGCACUUGCCAAGAACAACCACUGCCAGCUAUGGAAAGCUACUGCCAUUUAGACAGACGGCAGGAUAAGAUGAAAGGAAUACACCAGAUCUGAAAAUUGUCUGUAGUUUCUGGCUGAGUUACGACUGCACUCAAUGAUUUGAGAGUGCAAAAAGAAGAGGUUUUUCACACAAAAAUCAAAAACGGAUUCUUUUCAUUAUGAAAUGACAAUUAAAGUAUGCUAUAAAAAUUAUCCAGCAUCUUUUAAUUUCUGGUAUGGAAGUCUGUCAAACCCUGUGAACAUCACUAUCUACCCAAAGACUCAGAGUUUACCUUUUCGACUAUCCUUAAAACAAAAACAUGAACUCCCAGGAAUUGCCUGAAAAUUGUUCCUUUCUUUUAAGUAAAAUUUUAUAGAUUAUUAUGUCUGUCCACUUUUGAGACACAGCUGUGUUUGUCUACCGUCCUUAUUCUGUUGUGUUACUAUUGUACAAACGGAUGAGGUAAAAGAAAUCAAAGCUAAAAGGGAGGCAAAUCUCUUUAGGAAGACUAGGGGGGUUGUUUGGGAGCUUGUUGUGACCACUGAGGAGGAAAAAUGUCAACAUCUACCAAGUUUAGAAGUUACAAGUGGCAGAAGGUGUUCUGCUGUUUUUCGCAUGAAAGACCUCGGUGGGCAUAAACCCGCCGGUUUCUGCAGGGACCUGCUGAAGAGCCUCAGUGGGAUGUUGCAAGCGUUGCCCAGAAUUUUAACAUGUUCACUAGAGCUUGAAACAAGAGGGAAAAAAAACUGUAGCCAGUCUGCCUGAAAAACAACAGCACAAUGGGGUUCCUUCUGACCAUGACAAGGAGUUUCACUGACAGCUUAGAGGGACACAGGAAAACAGGAGGAGUAGGAGGCUGUGCAGUGAAAGGGAUGACACGAGUGCUGAACCAUUAUGAGUCAGUGUACAUGCAGGUAGUGUUGUACCCAUGGGUGCACGAGUCAUCAUUGAUCAAAUGUCAGCCUGUCAUCUCCAUCUUCCACUCCCCGUUUGGCCUCCUUUGUCCUUAUAUUAUUGAUGUGACUGGUCAGUUCUGACGUAAAGUCAAGACAUUUUUUAAUACCAGUACAUUUUGGAUUGCUUAGAGUUCUACGCACUAAGUCAUUAUUUAUUUAAAACACUUGACGCAUUUCUUUCUUCUUCUUUUUUUAAAAAAAGUCCUUGUCCCUGAGUUUGCUUGUGGAAAAUCAGGAAAGAAAUCUAGAACUGAAGGACAGACUGCAUUAUUUAAAUAAUAAAUUAAAACGCAUUUUAGUUCACCCAUCCUUUUCAGAGCACAAGGAUCUAGCUGAUUCCUUUUAGUCUGCAUUUUUUGUGGAAGCCUUUAGAAGCUGUGAUUUUUUUUCCUUUAAAAGCUUCUCUUGUCAUCACGAGAGUAGCACUUUAUUUUGAGUCAUUUGAAUAAGCUGUAAUUUUGUAGAUGUGUCUCCUUGAUAGUAAUACUGUAGAUGUUGUAUUUAAAAAUACUUCAACUGCGACUUCACUUCACCAUGAAGGUCUUUGUUGGCAGAGAGACAGCAGCAUAAACAAUACCACACUCCUGAAAACAUAUUCCAGGGGGGAUAUGUUGUCACGGCAUAACUGGAAGUUUGAUUUUACUCAUCUAAAAAUGUGCUAUCAUGAAUUGUGUCUAAUUUCACGUAGCAUCUACUGUUUACACCUUAAAGACUUCAAAAUGUUAAGUAUGUGUUUGGAUGUUUCCCAAAUUCGUUGGUUGGCCGCGU